AUGACAACGAAAAACGGAACGAACGAUGUUAAGGUCGCCACACCGACAAAUGGCGUGCACGAUACUCAGUUCACAAAUGGAAUCCACGCUCCCAAGCUGCUUGAGGCCACCAUAGUCGACCAAUUCGAUGACUGGGUUUCUAAGAUCCCGAACUCAGUCGCCGUCGAGUGGCAGGGGCAGCGUCUCACAUAUGCGGAGUUGCAAACCUCCUCGUUGCGUGUUGCCCGCGCGCUGCUGGCUGCUGGGGUCAAGCCCUACGAUAAGGUCGCUGUUCUGACUGACAUGUCCCUUGAGAUGUUACCCUCUAUUCUCGGCACGCUGCGAACCGGCGCUGCCUAUGUACCCAUUGACGUCGCCGCCUGGAGCCGGUCUCGCAUUGAAGCGACGUUGUUCGAACUCUCAUCCCCCUUCGCCCUUGUUACAACGUCAGUGCCCGGGCUUGCGCUGCCCGAGUUCACCGUCCAUUUCCAGAAGCAGUGGCUACGAUCCCCGCUUGGCAAUGCAGCCGAGCUGACUGCUCAGCUGGCUGCACUCCGCCGAGACUUCAAAGACGACCUCUUGUCAUGGAUUAUCUUCACUUCGGGGACAACCGGCAAGCCAAAGGGAGUCAUGGUGUACCACAGAGCCAUCCACGCCCUCGCCAUUUCCUUUAACCACAGCGACUAUCUCGAGUCUGCACUUGACAAGGAUAUACGCGUCAUGUUGGCCUUUUCAAUCGCGUUCGACGCUUGUGCAGCUGUUGUCUGGAGCACGCUCACUAAGGGCCGUGCCAUCGUCAUGGCCUCAUCGUCGAGCUUUCCAGAAGUAGCCACCACGUGCGAAGUAUUGCACCUGACCCCGUCCAUGCUGGCUUCGCUAGCGCCGUCAAAGGCAUAUGACCCGGCCGUCUGUAUCUUCCUAGGUGCCGAAGCACCCAACAUUGAGGUGAUCCGCGAGUGGACGCAUCCAGAUCGAAAAAUCUUCAACACCUAUGGCCCGACAGAAACUACGUGCGUUAUCAGUUUGGGGGAGAUUGACCCCAACAAGGAACCGCCAUUUGGGGAGAUUGUUGCUGGUGCCAAGGUCGUCCUCGUGGACCAUAAUCUCGAAGAGUGCAACAAGGGUGAGGUCUUGAUUGGCGGCCCCAACCUAGCCGCUGGAUACUUCAACAACGCCGAGUUGACGGCGGCCAAAUUUAUCCAGUGGAAUGGCGAGCGGUGGUACAGAACUGGCGAUCUAGCUGAGAAGACCGAGGAUGGAGAUUUCGUGUGGGCUGGACGCACAGACUCGCUAGUUAAGAAUAGAGGCUUCUUGAUCAACAUUGAGACAGAGGUCGGGCCAGCGCUUCUAAGUUUCCCUAGCGUGCGCGUCGCUGUCGCUCUAAUGUGGCGAGAUAAGCUGGUUGGCUUUAUUCAGCCCUCUACUGUGGAUGUUGAUGAGCUGCGAGCGUUCCUGCGGGUGCGCUACGACCCGUUUAUCGUCCCCGACGAUAUUGUGGCCCUAGACAGCUUCCCUCUCACGGUGAAUAGUAAGAUUGACAAGCGCGCACUCUCUACGCAGCUAGAUGAGCGAUUCUUGCACGACGACGAAGGUUUAGAGCAGGAAGGUAAGGAGCUAUCUAGCUACGAUGCUCUACGCCUGGCCUUCUCUAAGAUGCUACAUGUCUCCACAAAAGAACUUAAUAGCAGCUCAUCCUUCACUCGGCUGGGCGGAAACUCUCUAACAUCUAUCCGGCUAGCUAACGGUCUUAAAAAGUACGGAUACUCGGUUAUUGCUAUCCAAGUCUUGCGACUAGACACGAUAGGAGAGCUGGAGAAGGUCGUUGUCGCCAUUCCUAAGGUAGAUGAGACCGAGGAAUAUACGACCGGCCCAGCAGUCGCCACAGACGUGCAAAAGGGAUUCCUCAAGAGGUCGCUCGACAACCCUGAUUACUGCGCCCUGAUCGGAACAGCCCGAUACAUCGGAGACCGUCUUGCCACCCCUACCGCUGAUGAGCUGCACAAGGCCUUCGUUGUGGCACUAUCAGCCCACAGCAUCUUCCAGACGCGUUUUGGCGCGGGCAAUUUCUCUUUGUCCGAUCUUGGUCACCUAAAUCUCAAUUGGAAUCAAGUUAGCGUGUCUCAGGAUGAGUUUGAGAGCGCCAUCCUAGUCGAAGAGGGCAAGGCUCUGCAGGCCAUUAAAGACGUCUCUCGCAUCGACAUCGAGGUUCCUUACUUCGACGUUACCGCAAUCACUGUUCCCGACCGCAAAGACGUUGCCUUCAUCACUCGCGCCCAUCAUAUCUUGGGCGACGUCUUCUCCACGGCCAUCCUCUUCCGCGACGUGGAAAGCGCGCUCAGGGGCGAAACAGUCGUUCAGGGCACUCGAUGGGCCGACUUUGCCCGUUUCAUGGAGAGCUACAGACUGCAAAAUCUGCCGAGGGCGAUUGCCACGUUCGAGAAGAUCCUCGGGCCGUUGCCUAACACAUCGAUUUUGCAGCUUCCGGCGCCCAAGACGCCUCCGCAUGUGGACCACUACGACCUGAAGAUUCUCAACUCGCCCUGCAAUUUCACCAAGUCAGCGCUCGACGCAGCCACGUCCUCACAGGGUAUAACUGCCACCACCAUGGUCUACGCGGCAUGGGCGCUGUUCCUGAGCAAGAUAAGCGGAUGGGACCGGGUCGGUUUCUCCAUCAGCCUGUCAGGACGUACGGUGCCCUGGCCGCCGGCCCAGGCCGUCGUCGGCCCCGUUGUGGGGAAAUCACCCUUCAGCACGGAGGUUCCCAUGGCCAAGCCAGUGCACGAGUGGCUGGCUGAGGUGCACAAGUUGACCCUCGAUAUUAUGGAGUUUGAUGGAGUGACGAGCUCCCUGCCUGAGUCUAUGCGCGCAAACCCGACGACAAACUCCACUAACGUCCUGUGCUUCCUCGACAUGCCCCGUACAUCGAAUAGCUGGACGUUCAAAGACAAACAGAAGCACAACUACUUGUUGGAUUGGUACCUCUUCCCCCACGGAGACGGUCUCAAGACUGAGUUUGAGUUCAACUUUGCGAAGAUUGACGAGGACUGGGCGAAAGAGGCAGCCAAGAUCCCUGGACAAAUGUUGGAAAGGUUGAUUAAUGCUGGACCGACCACUUUGGUGGGAGACGUUUUGGAAUCUAUACAGGGUAUUGUAGGUUUUUAG